AAAUAAUUUAUGUUUUUAUAUUAAUGGUACAAGAGUCGAAAUUGAUAAUCCUGACCCGGAUACUACCUUACUUGAUUAUGUUCGGUCUAUUGGACUUACUGGAACAAAGUUAGGAUGUGGGGAGGGUGGUUGCGGCUCUUGCACUAUAAUGAUAUCUUCUUAUGAUAAAACGCUUGACAAGAUUUCUCAUAUUUCUGCUACUGCUUGUUUGAUACCAUUAUGUUCUGUUGAUGGUAAACAUGUUAUUACAAUUGAAGGAGUCGGAAAUGUUAAAAAUCCUCAUCCUAUUCAGGAGCGUUUAGCUUUGUUGCAUGGUUCGCAAUGUGGGUUUUGUACUCCGGGAUUUGUAAUGUCACUCUAUAGUUUAUUACGUAACAAUCCCAAUCCAUCUGAGGAAGAGGUUGAAGCAUGUUUUGAUGGUAAUCUUUGCAGAUGUACUGGCUAUCGCCCUAUACUGGACGCUGCAAAGACGUUUGCGAAUAACUCGUGCGUAGAAACUGAUGGCCUAGAUGAAAAUCAUGAACCUCAAGAGAAUGUUGGAUGUGGUAAAGCUGAUUGUUGUAAAUUGAAAAAUAUUGAUAACGCCGAUACUACUUUCAACCAUAAUUUUUCACAAAUAAAUUUCAAAAAAUAUGAUUCAACUCAAGAAUUAAUCUUUCCUCCAUCGUUAAUGAAAUAUGCGCCUGAACCUUUGCAUUUUAGUAGUAAUAAAACAAAAUGGUUCAGACCUGUUAAUUUGAAUCAAUUAUUAUCAUUGAAAGCAGAGUAUCCAAAUGCUGUUCUAGUAUCUGGUAACACUAGAAUUGGUAUAGAGACAAAAUUUGAGAAUGUAAAAUAUGAUGUUAGAAUUUAUGCGGGUGAUGUACCAGAAUUAAAAUCUUGGGAAUUUAAAGAGGAUGGAUUGAUUCUUGGUGCAAAUAUGACAAUUACUCAAUUCCAAACUGUUUUAAAAGAAGCAUGCAAUUAUUACAAGCCUCAUCAAAUUCAAACAUUUGAAGCACUUUCAGAAAGUCUUAAACGAUUGGCUACUAAUCAAAUCCGUAAUACUUCAACACUAGCUGGAAACAUUAUUGCUAACUCUCCAACUUCGGAUUUAAUUCCUCUUAUCAUUUCAUCUAAAUCUAUAUUUUCACUUACUUCUAUACAAUCUACAUCAAUAAAAAGUCGACCUAUUCCAUCAAUAUCUUUUUGGACAGGAUAUAAUCAAGAUUGUCGUGAAAGUUCGGAAAUUUUGGAAAAAAUUUAUAUUCCAUGUACUAAUCAUGAUCAAUAUGUUAGAACUUAUAAACAAUCAAAAAAACAUUAUGCUGAUCGUGCAAUUGUUAAUGCUGCUUUAUCAAUAUCAUUGGAUCAUGAUGCCCAUGUGCAAGAAGCUUGUUUUGCUUUUGGAGGAAUGAGUGGAGCUGUAAUUAGAGCUCCAAAUUCCGAAAAUUUUAUUUUGGGUAAAAAGUGGGGUGAUGAAGAUGUAUUAAAACAAUUAAAUGAAAUAUUAUGUGAGGAAUUUCAAUUAAGCUUUUCUGUUACUGGCGGAAUGGCAACUUAUCGUAAAACUUUAGUAAUUGGAUUUAUAAAUAAGUUUUGGUAUGAUGUUAUAAAAUCUGCAAACAUAACUGCGUUGAGCCCUGAUAUAGAAAAUUCUCUUGGAGAAAUCACACGUAGUGUUUCUAAAGGUAGUCAAACUAUAGGACGACCAGAGAAAGGUAAUAAAAUUGUUGGUAAACCAAUUUCUCACGUAUCUGCCAUGAAACAAACAACUGGUGAAGCGGUGUAUAUUGAUGACAUGCCAAAGGUCGAGGGUGAAUUAUACGCUGCUUUUGUUACAUCACAGAAAGCUCAUGCUAAAAUAUUAAAUAUUGAUCCAACUCAAGCAUUAAAUAUCCCUGGUGUAAAAGGAUUUUUUUCUGCAAAGGAUGUACCUGGAAAAAAUUGCUGGGGAUUUGUUUUACCAGAUGAAGAAAUUUUCGCAUCUAAAGAAGUUUUUUACGUUGGACAAGCAAUUGGAUUGAUAGUCGCUGAAACAAAAAAAAUUGCUCAAGAAGCUAAAGAUUUAGUGAAAAUCGAGUAUGAAGAAUUACCUCAUAUUAUAACUAUUGAUGAAGCAAUUGAACAAAAUAGUUAUUAUCCAAUAACUCCUCAACUUGCACGGGGUGAUGUAGAAAAAGGGUUUCAAGAGGCCGAUUAUAUUUUCGAAGGUGAAGCAAGAUCAGGUGCUCAAGAGCAUUUUUACAUGGAAACCAAUACUGCAUUGGUAAUUCCAAAAGAAGAUGAUGAAUUCGAAAUUCAUGCAAGUACUCAAAAUCCAACUUCAAUUCAAACAAGAAUUGCUGAAGUACUUGGUAUUCCAUCUAAUAAAAUAGUUAGUCGAGUAAAAAGAGUAGGAGGAGCUUUUGGUGGAAAAGAAACAAAAAGUUGUAAUAUAUCAUCAGCAAUAGCUGUUGGUGCUUGGCAUCUUAAAAAACCUGUUAGAUGUAUGUUAAAUCGUAAUGAAGAUAUUAUUAUAACAGGACAAAGACAUCCAUUCUUAGGAAGAUGGAAAAUUGGUUUAACUAAAGAAGGAAAAAUUUUAGCGUGUGACUUGAAGUUAUACCUUAAUUGUGGUGGAACAUCAGAUAUGAGCAUAAUUGUAGCUCAAUGUGCUUUACAAGCUUCUGAUGGUUGUUACUAUAUUCCGAACGUACAGUUUAUUGGGUAUCCUUGCAAAACCAACAUUCAAUCACAUACAGCAUAUAGAGGAUUCGGAAAACCUCAAGCGGCGUUUAUUACCGAAUCCAUGAUCAUUGAUGCUGCUGAGCGUAUGGGCAUUGAUGUUGAUGAAUUGAGGGAGAAGAACUUUUAUAUGGAAGGUCAAAAAACUCCUUAUAAUCAAACAAUGGAAAAUUGGUGUUUACCCUCAGUUUAUCAACAAGUCAAAGAAUUUAGUGAAUUUGAAAAACGAAAGAAAGAAGUUGAAGAUUUUAAUUCUAAUAAUAAAUGGCGUAAAAGAGGUUUAGCACUUAUGCCAAUAAUGUUUGGUGUCGGUUUUCCUCUCCCGUUUUUAAAUCAAGCUGGAGCUUUAGUACAUAUUUACAUCGAUGGAAGCGUUCUCAUAAGUCAUGGUGGGGUUGAGAUAGGACAAGGGCUUCAUACAAAGAUGUUACAGAUUGCUUCUGAAGCUUUAGAUGUUCCUUUGAGCACAGUUCAUUUAAUGGAAAGUGCCACAAAUACAGUCAUUAAUGCAUCACCUACUGCUGGAAGUACUGGUAGUGAUCUUAAUGGAUUUGCCGUUCAUAAUGCAUGCAAAACUUUAGUCGAAAGGUUAAAACCAUAUCGUGAAAAAAUGCCUGAUAAAAGUUUCCAAGAGAUUGUUAGUGCAGCAUACCAUGAUAGAGUAAAUUUAUCCGCAAAUGGAUUUUAUAAAGCUCCUGAUCUCGGUGAAAAUUCAUUUCCCUAUUUUACUACGGGAGCAGCAUAUACAGAAGUUGAAAUUGAUACAUUAACUGGUGACCAUACAAUUUUAAGAACUGAUUUAUGUAUGGAUAUUGGUAGAAGUUUAAAUUAUGCAAUAGAUGUUGGACAAAUUGAAGGUGCUUUUAUACAAGGUAUCGGUUGGUGUACUAAUGAAGAAACAUUACAUUUUCCAAACGGGAGUUUGUACACUACAGGACCUGAGCAAUAUAAGAUACCUGGGGCUAGGGAUAUACCCCAAGAUUUCAGAAUAUACACGUAUGAAGGUGCAAAUGCAUCUAAAAUAAAUUCAAUUCAUAGUAGUAAAGGAGUUGGUGAACCACCGUUACUUUUAGGAAGCAAUGUUUAUUUUGCCAUUAGAGAGGCUAUUAAAGCUGCGAGAAAAUGCAAUGAUAAUAAUGAUCCAGUAGCUUUUAGAUUACCUGCAACACCCGAAAAAAUUCGAAUUGCUUGUGAUGAUGAAAUUGUGAGAAAGUGUAAGGUUGAGAAAAAAGAUGGCGAAGUUCCAUGGGUUAUUGAACCUUAG